AUGAGUGAAGAAAUACCUCUGCCAACUUUGGCAGAAUAUGGAUUUUCAGAAAAUACCGGUUUCUUACCAAAGGAUUUACCAGCUACUAGCCUGUCGGAUGCAUACUAUGGAAAGUGGGAAGCUAUUGCCAAUAAUUUGCCAUCAUUGAUUCUUACUAGAAAAAUUAGAAAUGUUGUGGAUCGCUUACCCAUUUUAGAUGUAAAACCAAGUUUAUUGUCAAAUAUACGCGAACUGAGAAGAGCAUAUUCAGUACUCUGUUUUAUUGCAAAUGCUUAUGUUUGGGGGAUCGGUGAGACAUGCGAUACGAUACCAGAUGCCAUCGCACAACCAUUGUUAAGGAUUUCUGAAGAGUUGGAAAUUGCACCAUUGGCAACAUACGCAUCCUUAGUUCUUUGGAAUUUCAAACCAGUUAUUAAUGAUACGGAUUUAGUUGACGAUAUAUUGGAUUUAUCAAAUUUGACGACGAUUAAUACCUUUACAGGUGGUUUAGACGAAAGUUGGUUUUAUCUAGUAAGUGUGGUUUUUGAAAGGGAAGGUAGUUCAUGUUUAGUUUCAGGUUUAAAAGCUAUCCAAGCGGUUAGGGAUAAUGAUUCAGGUACACUGAUAGAACAGUUGGAAAUUAUUGCUCAAACUAUUGACAAAUUGGGGGAUAUUCUCAUGAAGAUGAACGAAAUGUGUGAUCCUCAUAUUUUUUACCACAGGAUCAGACCUUUUUUGGCAGGUUGGAAAAAUAUGGAGGAGGUUGGUUUACCUCACGGUGUAAGAUACGGAUCUAAUGGUGAUUACAAGGUUUUUGCAGGUGGUUCUAAUGCCCAGAGUUCAUUGAUUCAAGCAAUAGAUAUCAUUUUGGGCGUCGAACAUUUUCCAUAUGGUAAGCAGAAGACUGAUCAAGGUAAGACCAUUUCUGCUGAAAGUAAUCAAAACAACUUCCUCAAGGAAAUGAGAGGGUACAUGCCUCGUCACAGUACCCAAUUUUUGAAUCAUCUGUCCUCUGUGAGUAACAUUCGCGAUUACGUUUUAAGCAAUCCGAACAACGAGAGGGUUACGUUGGCGUACGAUGCAUGUGUGGCGAUAUUGAAAUCAUUCCGUGAUAAGCAUAUCCAAAUCGUUACUCGUUAUGUUGUUUUACAAGCCAGAAAGAAAACAUCUGGUUCCGAAACUCUCAAAACUGGAUUGGCAAUGACUCAUGGUAAAAAGGAACAAAAGGGUACUGGCGGUACUGCUUUAAUACCCUUUUUAAAGCAGUGUAGGGAUGAGACUGGCAGUAGUGCUGCUUCUGAAUGGGGGAAGAAAAUCUUGAGCACUGCAGUCUUGAGGGUCAAGGAUGAUUCAUCCAUCCCAGGUAUUCAAAAGAGAUCAGGCCAGGAAGACUCUGAACAAGGGCGCAAGAGAGCCAAAUUGGGACUUGGUAGUGAUUUAAAUGAUGACUCCUUAGACGACAGUGGCGUUGGACGCACUGCUGGACACUGGUGA